AUGGAUCAUGUUGAUAGCAUGAGAUUGCUCUUCGGAGCUAUAAACUCUUGUACUGGGUUCAAGCAUUCCUUUGAAUUAAUUUAUGUUACUUCUAUCGUUGUCUAUGAUAAGAAUGGUUUAUCCAUUUAAUUUCUUGAUAAUUUCUUUGUAUUCAAAGCUCAUUUCAAUUUACGAAGUUCAAUAUUGAGUUGGUAGUUAUUCAGAAGAAGGAGAUUUAAAUUUUUGUUUGGAGUCUUUUUAUUUCAAGAAAGAAAAGCAGAGAUUUUGAAAGUAAUUCCAGAUGAUCUGUCUAUCUAUCUAUCUUGCUAACUAAAGAUACCGAUCACAAUCAAUUAUCUGUAAUUAAAAACUUCUCAUUAAUUAAUUUAAUUAAGUCUUAUAAAAGCUUUUCCUUUUUUUUUCUAUUUUCAUUUACUCGUUCAUUAGGAUAUAUUUUUUCUCAAAAGUGCUGAAAUGAUCUUUUUGAAAAUAAUAAUUCUAAAUUAAGUAAAACUGGAAUAAAAGUAAUAAAAAAUGAGUUAACAAUCCAAUUAAUUCUUACAAAUUUACAGCUACAGUUGA